AUGAAAUAUAUUAUUAAUCUUGAAGGAAGUACAUCAAAUGUUGUUUCUGGCAAGGCUGCUAUAUUAGGAGAAAUAGUAGCAUAUCAUGAAUCUAUGCCCAGGGAAAGCACAUUUAAUGUCCCACCACACUGGGACACUCAGCAAAACAAAACAACUGCAUUAAUCCCUCUUGAUUCAAAAUCGUCAGAAUAUUCAAGAGUUGAGCAAAAGUUUUAUUCCACUAUUAUGGGUAAAAAAAUUACUACGGUUUUUAGGAUCCAAAAUCUUUGGCUAUGGCAGAAAUAUUGUCAGCAUAAAGAGCUCCUAGAAAUGAAAAACAUUGAUUCAGUUGAUGAAAAACUUCUUUUUCAUGGUACUCGCAGUAAUGAGCCAAAAAGGAUUUAUGACAAUGAAGAGGGAUUUGACAUGCGCUUUAGUGCAAAAGGAAUGUGGGGAAAUGCCAAUUACUUUGCUGAGAAUGCCAGCUAUUCUGAUGCAUAUGCAUACAAGAAUUCAUCAGGUGCAAAAGAAAUAUUUUUAGCUCUUGUUCUUACAGGUGAUAGCAUUAGGCUCUCCCCAGAUUCUAACCUGCGAAUGCCUCCUCCAAAGUCAUCAAAUGUUAUUGCUGAAGGAAAAGUGCAAUUUGCAGAGACACGAUAUGAUACUGUGAAUGGCUUUACCCAAGACAGUACAGUUUAUAUGACAUAUGAUAAUUUGAAAGCUUAUCCAGCUUACCUGAUUACUUACAUGUAA